AUGGAAGCGAUUUACAAACAGUUAAGUCAGGAGGUUGAGAAACUGCAAGAAAUUCAAGGCAACAUUCAGAAACGAGUUCAAGCCUACCAACAGCUGGCUGGUCAACUGUCUGAGAAUGAAAACGUUGAACAAGACCUCGCAGAACUCACUGAAGAAAAUAAAGUGUAUAAGAUGAUAGGACCAGUUCUAGUUGAGCAGAGUCUUGCAGAAGCCAAAGAUACAGUGAAAAAGAGAAUUAAGUACAUUAAGGAUGAAAUGACCCGGAACGAUGAACUUAUCAAAUCCCUGGAAAAACAGAGGGAUGGUCACCGAGAACAGAUUAAUAAGUUGCAACAACGCUUCCAACAGGAACAGACCAGAGCCGCUCUGAAGGCGUAA